AUGUUCGGACGCGUCCAGCACGGUAAUGCCCCAGGUGGUGGCGGAGGCGGUAGAGUCUGCUCUUUCUACCAACAGGGUCGUUGCAAGUUCGGAGGUAAGCUCAAUGAUUCUUCUUCUUUGUGUUUGCUGCAAGUGCUGAUCUCUCCAUCCANNGACAACUGCAAAUUCGACCAUCCUGGCGCCAACAAACCUCAGGACGGUGGAAACCGAUUUCAGGCACUCGAAAAUCAGGGUAACACCUUUGGUCAGGGAAAUCGAAACAACCAGCGACCGCCUGCUCCUGGUAGAGGGCAACACUACACUAGCCAAAACUCCUAUGGAGUGACGAGAGAUGGCAUUGAAGGAGACCUUCGGAAUGAGAAGCCACAAUGGCCAUUCUCUGCUUAUGGUCCAGGCAGAGAUGCUCCGACACAACUGUUCGGGGGUUUCCCGAUAGAGCAGAGUCCGGAGGAGAUGCGUGUACUCUACUAUCAAGCUGUCGCAAGCGGUAACCCAGAGCCUGCUGUAAGUAAUGCAAACCUUGACACGUCCGCUCACGAUAACCUGACUACCUAUACAGAUGNNCAAGCCCAACAGGAGCUCAUCGCUCAGGCGACUCAACAAGUAGAACGAAUCCUCAGUGAUCUAGACGGGGCAGUCAAAUAUGUCCUGGAUGGAGAGAACCAACAUCCAAACCGUACGGACGGAUGCCAGGCUGCGGUUGGAAACGUCUUCCACAAAGGUCGAAAACUAAACUCCAAAUUUUCACCCAACGCUACAGCGCAAGCAAACAACCAGCCAGUUCAGAAUGGCGCAUUCGGUCAGCCUUCUACUAUGGCUGGCGGCGGAGCAUUUGGUCAACCAUCGAAUCUUGGAGGGGGAAGCGGUUUUGGUCAGGCAUCUAAUCUUGGGCAGAACCCGAGUCCGUUUGGACAGUCGGCAAGCCCAGCGCCAACCGCAGGAGCUUUCGGCUCUCCAUCAGCUCUCGGCCAGAAGCCUUCCUUUGGACAACCUGCCGCAGGAUUUGGGCAGCCAUCGACGCUUGGUUCGAGAGGCGCGUUCGGACAGCCUGCUGGAGGAGCCCAAGCGAGUCCAUUCGCCCAGACGCCGCAGACCAACCAAGCGCAGUCAUCGCCUUUCGCACAAGCCUCACAACAAGGAGGAGGGACAUUUGGCCAAACUUCAGCAUUGGGCCAAACGUCAACCUUCGGUCAGCAACCAAAUAGUACCUUUGGACAGUCCUCUGGCUUUGGUCAGCAACCUCAGCCAGCAUUCGGUCAGCCCUCAGCACCCGCUCAAACCACAGCAUUUGGCCAACCUUCAGUACCCACUCAAACCACAGCAUUCGGCCAACCUUCAGUAUCCGCUCAAACCACUGCGUUUGGUCAACCAUCAGCCCCUGUCCAACAGACACCAGCAUUUGGAAAACCAUCAACGCCUGCAUUUGGCCAAGCAUCAGCACCCACGCAGCAGAAUGGCGUGUUCGGGCGGCCCUCAGCUCCACCACCGCAGCAAACUGGGUUUGGCAAGCCAUCGCCGUUCGCCCAAGCACAAGAAAAUCAGCAGCAGUCACCAUUCGCACAAGCUGCAGCUAAACCGGCUGCACUCGGGCAGCCAUCACAGCCCGUGAAUAACCAAACGUUUGGUGGUGGCUUUGGAACAGCCGCCGCACCACCACAGCAACCACAGCAGCAACAGCAACAGCAACAUCAGCCGCCACAGUCAUUCGCGGAGCCCAUGCCUCAGGGCGACUGGAUCACCCGCCAACCAAACGGAACACUCAAAAGCUUCAAAGGUGCACCUGUGCAGUACCUAGCCACGAAAGAGACAGUGCCAACUCAGGAGCCGCAUUAUAGAAAGGCCAAUGGACAGAUGGAAAGGAUCUGGCAUCCAGAGGGCAACCCGGCGCCCAGGGCAGAGAUAGAAGCACCAGCAGAAGCCUACACGGCCGAGCAUGAAGCAGCAUACAAGUUCGUGGCAGAGCAAGGCGUAUUCAAGGACGGGAUUAUGCCAGAAUUACCGCCCAAGUGCGAGUGGAUCAGAUGGGACAUAUAA